AAGACUCUCUCGAAACAAUGGAGAUCGACGAUCGAGUCUCAAUCCUUCGAAGAGAGACACUUGAGGAUCGCCGAGCAAUUCCGUGUGGGUCAUCCUAGAGUUAUGGUGAUCACUGAAAAAGAUCCCCUAAAACUAAUGCCUCUAGCUCGUCCAGACACAGACAUUGGUUUUAGGUCAUUCUGCUUGGAAUCGGGUUCUCUUCUAUCCUUUACUCUUCUCAAUUUUCCUCAAAGUUUCGCCCACUAUAUCUAUGUUUCUGGAUGUUGCGAUGGCCUUUUCUGCAUCCAUUCCCCGAAAUCGGAAGCCGUAUAUGUUGUUAAUCCGGCCACACAGUGGUUACGACAACUUCCUCCAGCUAGGUUUCAAAUUUUGAUGCACAAGUUUAACCCUACUUUUAGAGAUUGGAUAGACAUGGAGUCAGUCUUUCAUCUAGCCUUCGUGAAGGCCACUGAUUACAAAUUAGUGUGGUUGUAUAAUUCUGAUAAGUACAAUGCUGAUGCCUCGAGUCCAAACGAGGGAGUUACCAAGUGCGAGGUUUUUGACUUCAGGGCAAACGCUUGGAGAGAACCGGAUACGUUGGUCCAAGAGAUUUGGAGGUUGAAAUCAUCAGAAGACUUAUGGGAGAAGAUUUAUACUAUUGAUUUGCUUUCUUGUUCUUCUUCCCGGACUCAGUUUCGCGAUGAAUUUGACUGGAGCAGGAAGGAUUUGGUUGAUCCAUCCACACCGGUGGCGGUAUGCAAGAACAAGAUGAUCUUGCUCUCACAUCGCUAUUCACGCGGUCUGGAGUUUGUGGCACAUUCCGGAAAUGUGAAUUGUCUAAGUAUCGGAAAGAAGACGUCACGGCUCCUUCUAACUGGUGGAGAUGAUUAUAAGGUCAACCUUUGGUCAAUCGGCAAAACUACUUCGCUAAUGAGUCUUUGUGGGCAUACAAGCCCGGUUGAUUCAGUAGCUUUUAACUCGGGAGAAAUUUUGGUGCUCGGUGGAGCUUCUUCAGGUGUGAUAAAGCUGUGGGAUCUAGAAGAAGCAAAGAUGGUUAGAGCUUUUACUGGACACAGAUCCAAUUGUUCUGCUGUUGAGUUUCAUCCAUUUGGUGAAUUUCUUGCAUCGGGAUCUAGUGACACAAAUCUAAGGGUUUGGGAUACUAGAAAGAAGGGAUGCAUCCAAACAUACAAGGGUCAUACUCGCGGUAUUAGCACUAUCAGAUUUAGUCCUGAUGGUCGUUGGGUAGUGUCUGGAGGACUUGACAACGUUGUAAAGGUAUGGGACUUGACUGCUGGAAAGCUCUUGCACGAGUUUAAGUUUCAUGAAGGACCUAUCCGUUCCCUAGACUUCCAUCCUCUUGAGUUUCUCCUAGCCACAGGUUCUGCUGACAGAACUGUGAAAUUCUGGGAUUUGGAAACGUUUGAACUGAUUGGAUCUACUAGACCAGAGGCUGCUGGAGUUCGUGCAAUCGCUUUUCAUCCAGAUGGUCAAACCCUUUUCUGUGGAUUGGAUGAUGGCUUGAAGGUUUAUUCAUGGGAACCAGUGAUUUGCCGGGAUGGUGUUGAUAUGGGAUGGUCAACCCUUGGUGACUUCUGCAUCAACGAAGGAAAGUUCAUUGGUUGUUCAUAUUACCGAAAUUCUGUUGGGAUAUGGGUUUCAGAUAUAUCGGAACUUGAGCCAUAUGGAGCAGUAUCUGAGGAUAAGAAUGAAUGCAUGCUGAAAAGAUUCAGUGUCUUCAAUGAUCAGUCUGAGAGAAUGGGAAGUGGCCCAAGGGGCAGUGUAUCCCCAGAUUAUGAGACAAAAGAGAUAAAGAACAUAUACGUUGACUCCACAGGUGGAAAUUCGAAUGUAGCGCAAAAUCCAGGAUCUCUGAAAGGGACAUUGCCUUUGGAAUCAGGAAAAGUAGCUACUAUGGCGAGCGAGAAGCAGAAUGCAACAUAUUUUGGACAAGCAGGAGAUAAGUAUUCUAGUAUGCAUAGUGUUGCAUCGCGGGAUAGCGAUAGUGGAGAGGAAUCUUCUUAUUCAGAAAGGGAAUCUAUCACUUUCUCAAGAACUAAAUCGGGUAUGUUGCUAAGACCAGCUCAUGUAAGAAAGACGCUAGCAAAGUUUGAAGAAUCAAAACAGUCAGCGGUUGUUCAAUCUGCAACUCGGAAGAAAAGCGGAUUGGCUGUUGAGGAGGAACCACAAACUCAAAAUGUACUUCUUUCAGAACAGAAUGGUAGUAAACCUUUUGAUGCUGAAGAUUCUACCAUCAAGAGUAUUACAGACAAGUUUGAAAAAGGUUUAUCAUCGGAACCACCGACUGAUGAAACGAAUCGUAUGUUCCUUAAACCACCUCGUGUCCAUAGGUCAUCAAAUAGCAAGUACAAUGACCUAAAACGAGUAAUGUCCGCUGAUUCUGCAACUUUUGACAAAGGUGGGAUGGAGUACUCAGGAGACGUAGAGGAUAUUUGCAGCAAAACUGAAAGAGUUCUUUCACCAGAAAAACCUGGUGAUGAACAGAAAAACACUGAAUACCCUAGCAGCAGCAGAGAAUUGAACCCUGUGAAGAUUGUUAAAGGAGUAAACGUUGUCUCGGGGAGGACACGCUCGUUAGUUGAGAAGUUUGAGAGAGGAGAAAAAAUUACUCAUACCGAAGCAGCCAGUACAACAAUAACUCAGAACACCAAUGCAGUGCAGGAAGAUCCGCGUAAGACAUCAAGACAGACAGGUGAAACUCCUGUAAUAUCAACACGACGAGCUAGGAGUACUCCAGCCAGAGUGAUGCCUAUUGUUCUCAAUCGGGAUACAUCCAGGCACCAAGUUAGUCGAACUCAAAUGUUGGCUACACCCACUGUGAUUGAUCAAGUGGCUGAUAUGAAAUUGGAUGAGCCACAUGCAACACAAAUUCAACCAGCUUGCGAUAACUUGCCUCAGAAGGAAGAGGCUCAAAUAUCUGGGAGGGAAGAUGAUAGUGACAUCACUGAAAAUCUAAUGCAAACUCAUAAUGAGUUCUUAAGCACUCUUCAAUCGAGGCUGACAAAGUUACAAAUUGUAAGACAUUUUUGGGAGCGUAGCGAUGUUAAAGGCGCAAUCGGGGCAUUGAGAAAGCUGACAGAUCAGUCUGUUCAAGCAGAUGUGAUCAGUAUUCUAACCGACAAAAUAGAGAUUCUCACAUUGGAUAUGUUUUCUCAGUUGGUCCCUGUCCUCACAAGCUUAUUGGGUAGCAGGACAGAGAGGCCGGUAAAUGUCUCCUUGGAUAUGCUCUUGAAGCUUGUAGCAGUGUUCGGUACAGUUAUACGCUCAACUGUCUCAGCUCCACGGAUUGUCGGUGUUGAUCUUCAUGCAGAUGAAAGGCUAGAAAUUUGCCAAAUUUGUUCAGCGGGAUUGCACAAGAUUCAAAGGAUUCUUCCAGUUCUCGCAAGGUGGUUUCUUGUUCUCUGUUCUUGGGAGAACACAAAGGCAGUGUGGAGUCUGAUUUUGAUGCAUUUGAAGAUUGUUAAAGUAGAUUAUGAUACAUGGUUUGCCAUCUAUGAAGUCGAUCAAAUCAUUGAAAGUAAAACUGGGUGGAAAAUGAAGCCCUUUUUGGCUCUUAUGUGUACAGCUCUUCUGAUCUUUUGGUAUAAGACCACAAAUAUUCAGUUUGAACAAACAGAGAUAGAAGAAACAGAUUAUCCUUUUGACAUGGCAAAGGAAUCUGAAGUAGUUAACGAUAAAUUAAAAGGCUUGCCUCGUGGAAUCAUACAGUCUAGAUCAGAUCUUGAAUUAAAGCCUCUAUGGUCUAGAAGUAGUCUGAGGUCAAAGGGUGUCGAAAUGACUAACCGUAACUUGUUGGCAAUACCCGUAGGAAUUAAGCAAAAGGGUAAUGUCGACGCUCUUGUAAAGAAGUUUCUUCCCGCGAAUUUCACGAUUGUUCUUUUCCAUUAUGAUGGAAAUAUGGAUAAAUGGUGGGAUCUAGAUUGGAGUUCAAAGGCCAUACAUAUAGUUGCACAAAACCAGACUAAAUGGUGGUUUGCAAAACGAUUCCUCCAUCCAGAUGUUGUAUCCAUUUAUGAUUAUAUUUUUCUUUGGGACGAGGAUCUUGGAGUAGAGAAUUUCAAUCCAGAGAGAUAUUUGAGGAUAGUUAAAUCAGUGGGACUGGAGAUAUCUCAACCGGCUUUGGAUCAUAACUCAACUGAAAUCCACCAUAAAAUCACACUCCGUUCUAGGACAAAGAAAUUUCAUAGGAGAGUUUACAUCAAUAGAGGCCAUAGAAGGUGUUCUAAUACUAGUGCAGAUCCUCCUUGCACCGGAUUUGUUGAAGGAAUGGCUCCGGUGUUUUCGAAAGCUGCUUGGUUUUGCACUUGGAAUCUUAUACAGAAUGAUUUGGUUCAUGGAUGGGGAAUGGAUAUGAAACUUGGGUACUGCGCACAGGGAGACCGAACGAAAAACGUAGGGAUUGUGGAUAGUGAGUAUAUCGUUCAUCAAGGCAUUCAAACUUUAGGUGAAAGUGUUCCUGAAAAGAAGACCACUGCUCGUGAUGUUAGGGCCAGGAGACACGGCCAUACAACCUUUGAUUCAAGAACCGAGAUAAGGAGACAAUCGACGUGGGAGCUUCAAACUUUUAAAGAACGAUGGAGCAAAGCGGUAGAAGAAGACAAUAACUGGAUCGAUCCAUCGUCAUCAAGCUCGAUGACAAAGAGGACGAGUAACGGUAAUAACAGAAGAUUAAGGCGUGGUACUAGUCACCGAAUCAGAUUUCAAGUUGUGAAAUCGAGAGAUAAGCUUUGGUUAACCAUGGCUGGUCGUUACGAUCGGAACCCAUUCGACGAACAAGACGAAGUCAAUCCUUUUGCUAACCCUGGGAGUGUUCCUGCUGCUUCGAAUUCCAGAUUAUCGCCUUUGCCUCCGGAACCUGCUGGUUUUGGUUAUGGUCGUACCGUUGACAUUCCUCUUGACAGACCUGGGUCUGGUAAACAGGAUUUGAAAAAAAAGGAGAAGGAGCUUCAAGCCAAAGAAGCUGAGCUAAGACGACGAGAGCAGGAUCUCAAACGGAAAGAGGAUGCUGCUGCACGAGCUGGAAUUGUUAUUGAGGCAAAAAACUGGCCACCCUUCUUCCCACUUAUCCACCAUGACAUUGCAAAUGAAAUUCCAGUUCGUCUCCAAAGGCUACAGUAUAUUGCAUUUGCAACAUAUUUGGGGUUGGUUCUUGCACUUUUCUGGAAUAUCAUCGCCGUUACUACCGCUUGGAUCAAAGGAGAAGGAGUAACAAUUUGGCUUCUCGCCGUUAUUUACUUCAUAUCGGGUGUCCCAGGAGGCUAUGUGUUAUGGUAUCGGCCUCUCUACCGUGCCUUCAGAAGUGAUAGUGCAUUCAACUUUGGAUGGUUUUUCUUGUUCUACAUGCUCCACAUACUUUUCUGCGUCUUUGCUGCAGUUGCUCCUCCUAUUGUCUUCAAAGGAAAAUCACUUGCGGGCAUAUUACCUGCAAUAGAUGUGUUGAGCGCUCAGGCAUUGGUCGGGAUCUUCUACUUCAUCGGGUUUGGGUUAUUCUGCCUAGAAUCAGUGGUCAGCAUCUGGGUUAUUCAGCAAGUAUACAUGUACUUCCGAGGAAGCGGGAAAGCGGAUGAGAUGAGACGGGAUGCUGCAAGAGGAGCCAUGAGAGCUGCCAUAUGAGAAAAAUGUAAAUCAAUGAUUGUAGUCAUCUCUUCUGAAGCAUUGCAUGUGAUGUGUAAUGUUUACACUCUUUUUUUCAGUUGUUAUUUAGCUUCACUGAUCAAUUUUUCUCUUGAGCUUUUUUUUUUGUUUUUGUUUUCAUCAGGUGUUCUUAAAAGUAGUAAACGUAAAGCUCAUGUAUAAAAAUGUGUUUGUUCA